UGUCUGUUGCCCUUUUGCAAUACUGUUCUAGUAAAUAAACUUAUUUUGUUAAAAUUAAUAUUUACUCCGCAAAAUGUCCGAACGCAAAGUUCUUAACAAAUACUACCCCCCGGACUUCGAUCCGUCGAAGAUUCCGCGCAUGAAAUUGGCCAAGAACCGCCAGUACACUGUGAGAUUGAUGGCUCCCUUUAAUAUGCGCUGCAAAACUUGCGGCGAGUAUAUUUACAAAGGCAAGAAGUUCAACGCCCGCAAGGAGGAUGUGGAGAACGAAACGUACUUGGGCAUCAGAAUCUACCGAUUCUACAUCAAGUGCACCCGCUGCCUACAGGAGAUCUCCUUCAAGACGGAUCCGCAGAACACGGACUACGAGAUCGAAGCGGGUGCCACGCGCAAUUUCAUGGCCCUCAAAUUGGCCGAGGAGCAGGCACGCCGGGAAGAGCAGGAACUACGCGAGGAGGAGGCUAACAACCCCAUGAAACUACUCGAAAAUCGCACACAGCAGUCGCGCAACGAGAUCGAAAUGCUUGAAAGUUUAGAGGAACUGCGCGAUCUCAAUCGACGCCAGCAAACAGUCGACUACACCACCCUGCUACAGCAGUACAACACUGUGGAGACGGAGAGAGAACGUCUGGAGCGGGAGGAACGUGAGGAUGAGGACUUCAUUAAAUCUGUGAACUUCAAGAACAAAUCGGAGGGCGGCUCUCGUGUUGUGGCCGAGGAAAUCAUUGAGGAGGUUAAGGAAGAGCCGGUGGACCUGCUACCGGCUCCGCCACCAGCUAAACAGUCCAAGCCCAGCACGCUGAGUGUUUCCGCCUCUUCAUCUAGCAAAUUAACUACGUCGCAGUCCUUGGUUAAAAGGAAAACACCCUUGGUACUGGUCAAACCCAAGGCAACCACGGCAGCGACCACCAACGAACCGGCAACCACCUCCGCCACAGCACCUUCUGUUUCGGCGGCAACCAAAGCUCCAAAUCCACCAGCUACAGCACCAGCUGGGCUUUCACUUUUAGCUGCCUACAGCGACAGCUCAGAGGACUCCAAUUGACCAAACAUUUACCUGACGCAUUUCACAAGUAAACACCUAUUAAAAACAAGUCAAAUCACAAA